CACAACAAGUGUUAGCAACGUUCUUCUUACUGUACUGGAUAGCACGCUGUUUCGAGGGGUUUACACAUCUACAGACUCGUAAGCUACUCAGAAAGCAGAUCCUUCACCUCCGCUGUUCUGUCCUCCCCACGCUGCUUUACCCACUACGUAACACACCCUUUACAUCGCAAUGGGUGUUUGCGCGUCGUGCUUAGGAGGGCAGAGGACUUCGGAUAUAGAUCAGUCGGACGCUUCACAUCUUCUCGGGGACCAAUACCAGCCCAACUAUGGCACCGCCAGCAGCACUCACAAUGUGCCUCAGCCUGACCCUGAGGAGCUUCGCCGCCAGCGAGAGAACUUGGAGCGUAUCUGCGCUGAAACGAACGAACAGUUGAUCCCCGUUUCACAACCGAGCGCACUCCCCGAGGUCUCCGAGCAGCCUUCCAAGAACGACGAGUAUGCCCAUCUUUUUAACGAGCGCUUCAAGUCCAUCAGACACGGCCGUCCGGCUUCUGCUGGUGAUAACGAAGAUGACGAAACAACCUGGCUCGAGAACGUUGUAGGCAGCCAAGGAGAGGACGAACUGGAUCAGAUCAAGCCAGCCAACGGCAAGCUGACGAUACAGUUCGGCCAAAGAUAGACACACGAAAACUUGUGAUCGACGCCAUAACGCUUUGCUUGUGCCCUUAGAGGCAGAGAUCUACUGCGUCUUCCGAUGCUUAUUCUAUUCCUUCUUGUAUGAUUACCCAUUUCGGAUACCCGUAAUACACCCUUUCUUCUCUGUAUUCUUUCUUUUCAAUCAGCAUUGCCUUUGUCAUUCGCAUAUUUCCUAGUGUUAGCAUAGGUAGGUUCAAAAUACUUUUUUUGCAUCGUCAUGUCAAUAUUAUCCUAUCGUCUUUCUCACACUAUCUCACUAGCCUA